AGUGUUAAACCAAAGGUGGAAUGCAGUGUGGUAACUGAAUUUACAGACCACAUUUGUGUAACUAUGGAUGCUGAAUUGAUUAUGUUUCUGCAUGACUUGGUGUCUGCUUAUCUAAAAGAAAAAGAAAAAGCAAUUUUUCCUCCUCGUGUUUUGGCUGCUCGUCCAGGGCAGAAAAACUCCGUUGGUGUUCUUGAGGACAGCUCCGCUGACAAAGAGGCAGAGGAAAGCAUUACUUACACUACAGUCGACUGGAGAGAAUUUAUGUGCAAUACUUGGCAUUUGGAACCCACGCUCAGAUUAAUAUCCUGGACUGGGAGAAAAAUUGAUCCCGUUGGUGUUGACUACAUCCUUCAAAAGCUGGGCUUUCACCAUGCAAGGACUACUAUCCCUAAGUGGCUGCAGCGCGGUGUCAUGGAUCCCUUGGACAAAGUUUUGUCUGUCCUUAUAAAGAAACUUGGUACUGCACUGCAGGACGAAAAGGAGAAGAAAGGAAAAGACAAAGAAGAAUACUAAGAAUAUAAUGUGACAACCGUAAUUCCGUUUGAUUUUAUCAAGGUGUUUUUAUUGUAUUUUAAGAAGUAUGGUUUAAAGAGAAACCUAACAGCUUUUUGCUACUCUAUUUAAUAAACUUACAUUGUGAGUAACUGUUUACCGUGGUACAUGCUACCAUUCUGUAUCUGAAGUUAUUGCAUGAUGAUGACUAAUGUAUAUUCUGUGAAGGAAUCGCUGGAACACUGUAAAUCUGCUCCUCGGCGCCCACUGUUUUCUUAUGUGCAAUAUGAUUCCUGCAUCCUUACAACACUUGCAGAUUAACUGUGAAUUUCCAUAAACUUUAUUUGCCAUAACACAAACCCCUUGUUGAUGUGACAGGUAAUGGAUUUUUCUGUGUAGACUUGUGUAAAUUAUAUAUAUAUGUAACUUAUGAAACUGUGAUUGCCUUAGUGCUAAAAAUCAUUAAGUUUAUGACACUUGUAAUAAAUUUUAACUACUGUACAGG